GGUGGGCUCGCGCCAAGCUGCCAAGCGAUUUAAUGUUAGAAGAAGAAGAAGAAAAACCAAACCAAAAAACUAACUAACAAACCAUUAAGUUAUGUUCCGUAUUUGUGUUUUAACACAGUUUAUUAAAGCGUCGACCCGCUUCCAGUGGAGCGAGCUGCAGCGUUCAGCUUUUGGUGGGAUAAAUGUCUUAUUUAUGGACUCACAGUGAUGAACUAUGGCCUGGCGAGUGUGGUCAAAACGCCUCUUUGUUCAAAACAGUUUCUUCCUCCUCCUCCUCCCUGUCUUCCUACUCUUCAUCACUAUUUUUCUCAUAAUUCUUCUUCUGCCGUUAACACCCACUAAUGUAGCCCGGCUCCCGGUGCGAGCUCUACACUCCACUGAGGCGCUCCAGUCCAGGCCCAGGGUCAACCAGCAACCGCUCGGUCUGAGUAGUCACAGUGGAAUCAGUGGUGGAAACAGGGUGCCGAAACGUUCAAUACCACCAAAAACAUUUGGAGAUGCUGCCAGCAAUCAAAAUAAAGACAAAAGAAAAGGCACCACAUCCAAAAGUAAAGCAGCGCCAGGCGCCGGCCAACCCAGAACCAGCCGUCGCCCCCCCGUCCCAGAGUUUAUAGUCAACAGCACUCAGCCGAAGACUAGAAUUAAACUCCGUAACCACGGCGCUGUGGUCAAACACACGGCACAGACCGCCAUCCGUCUGGAAAGGACUGAGUCCUUACCUCAGAUCCCCUCUUCAGCAAAAACUGCAGACAGGAAGGCCGACGCAUUAAAACAAGGCAGCUGGAUGAGUGGAAGGCGAGCUGAACAUCGCCAGGAUGCAGCAAAGCACUCUGGGAAAUUUGACAAAGCUGCUAAGCAGCAGGCUGCAAAUAAACCAUCUCGGAAUUUGAAAAAGCGCCAGAAUCGCUCCGAGGAUCUCUCUGAAACUAAGACAAAACCCGAGCUGGUGGAUCAUAAAAUGUCUUUGACCAGACUGCAGACAGCAGUAAAGAAAGAUGGCAGCAGCUGGUUUCAGAGCGCCAGAGAGUGCCGCUUCCCAGGAAGUGACCACAGGAGCAUCAGGAUGAGUCCAGACCUCAGCAGUGUCCCCUGGCUCAGUAACGAUGACAUCCAGAAGAUGAAGCUUCUUGCUGACUGGAACGUGAUCAGCAAGUCCAGGGUUCCAGCUCAUGGGCAGGUGCUCCAGGUGGCCCUGGAUGGCCCCACCCCCCAGCACACCUUACAGCAGACAUCACUGCUGCAGCAUGGACUGACCCACAGCGAAUGCUGCCAGCAGGGGCGCUGUGCCCUCAUAAAACGCACUGAUGACUGGUUUGAGGUUUUUGCCUUCCAUCUGGAUCGGGUUCUGGGACUCAACAGAAGUCUUCCCAUGGUGCUGAGGACUUUCCGUAGUGACAUUCUACCCUAUCGGUACCUCAGCGGGUCUCCCAGACCCAUAGUUUGGUGGGAUCCGGACAUCCGGCACCUUACUGACAGCAACAAUGACCAGAACUCAGUACCACUCAGCUGGAUCCAGUACCAGGAGCUUCUUCGGGUGCACUGUGGGACUGAUGCGGACUUGUGGUCAGCACCCUGUGUGGGUGUCCAGCACUCAGAGUGGGGCAGACUUGCACUUUUUGACUUCUUAUUGCAGGUGAAUGACCGCCUGGACAGAAACUGCUGCGGUUUCACACCUGACCCUGCAGACACCUGCGUGGAGAACCUGCUGCACCACAAAUGUCACAACACCAGGGACCUGCUGCUGGUUCACAUCCUGGUGAGGAGGGCGGAGCCUAACAGGCUGGUGUUCAUCGAUAACGCCGGCAGACCUCAUCAGGACGCUGCUAACCUCGACUUCAGGCUGAUCGAAGGCAUUGAUGAGUUUCCAGAGACAGCGGUGUCGGUGCUGCAGUCGGGGUGUUUGGAGGACCUUCUGCUGCGUUCCCUUUUCACAGACAAAGUAUUCUGGGACAGUCGAGGUGGGUUCAACGGGCUGAAGGUUCUCAUCCGGACGGUGGAGCAGCGAGGGAGGAUUUUGCUCCAAUACAUUAAAGACAAGAAGCUGCGACUCAACAGGGACCUUUGACCGAGUCCACAAACCAAA